GUGAACUGGGCUGCCGUAUGCUUGCCUGGUGCCCUCUUGUGGAUCAGUUUAUUAAUAAACUGUUCAUCAUACUGAAAAAGGAUCCCUCAGUAACGCAAGUAACGAGAAAUGUUCCUCCAGGAUUAGAUGAGUACAAUCCUUUUUCUGAUUCAAGAACGCCCCCUCCAGGAAAUGUGAAAAUGCCUAAUGUACCCAGUACCCAGCCAGCAAUAAUGAAACCAACAGAAGAACCACCUGCUUACACACAAAUUGCAAAGGAGCAUGCCUUGGCCCAGGCAGAACUGCUGAAGCGCCAAGAAGAACUAGAAAGAAAAGCAGCUGAACUAGAUCGCAGAGAAAGGGAAAUGCAGAGUCUCAAUCAGCAGGGGGGCAGAAAAAAUAACUGGCCACCCCUUCCUGAGAAUUUUCCAGUGGGUCCUUGUUUCUAUCAGGACUUUUCUGUAGACAUUCCUGUAGAAUUCCAGAAGACAGUGAAGAUUAUGUACUAUUUGUGGAUGUUCCAUACAGUGACACUGUUUCUUAAUAUCUUUGGAUGUUUGGCCUGGUUUUAUGUUGAUCCGACACGAGGGGUUGAUUUUGGAUUGAGUAUCCUCUGGUUCUUGCUUUUUACUCCUUGUUCUUUUGUCUGCUGGUACAGACCACUUUAUGGAGCUUUCAGGAGUGACAGUUCAUUCAGAUUCUUUGUGUUCUUCUUUGUAUAUAUCUGUCAGUUUGCUGUGCAUGUACUUCAAGCUGCAGGAUUCCAGAGGUGGGGAAACUGUGGAUGGAUUUCAUCUCUUACUGGUCUUAAUAAGAGUAUCCCUGUUGGCAUUAUGAUGAUAAUCAUAGCUGCACUUUUCACAGCAUCUGCUGUUAUUUCAUUAGUUAUGUUUAAAAAGGUGCAUGGUCUCUACCGCACGACUGGUGCUAGUUUUGAGAAAGCGCAGCAGGAGUUUGCAACAGGAGUGAUGUCCAACAAAACUGUACAAACUGCUGCAGCAAAUGCCGCGUCAACAGCAGCAACCAGCGCAGCUCAGAAUGCGUUCAAGGGUAACCGAAUGUAGAGAAAUAUAAAAAGUUAUUACGGUUCUCUUUGACUGUACUUUUAUUUUCCAGUCACUUACUAUAUUCCCUAAAAGCCUAGAUCAAAAUACACACAGCAUGUUUGUCUGUUCUUCAGCUGUGCAUGGGUAAAAUGGGAAAUGUUUGUUUUAUUCUAUUAUAAAUGUAUUUAUUUUUAAAAAGAUAACCGUUCUUUGCCCCUCUUUAAAAUGUUGCAUUCUAGAAAAUAAAACCGUAUUUUAUGAAGGAUGAAUAAUUUCAACAAUUGGCCUGAGAAUGACUUAUGGUACUUUAUGAUCAAAUAAAUAUAUUAGGGAUUUGGAGGUUUUAUAGUAGUUCACCCUGGGUUUUUUUGGUUUUGUUUUUUUUUAACUUCAAGAAAGCACUUUGGAUCAAUUAUUUUUGUUUAUAAGACCUUGUUACCCUAUUUCUACUAUGAGAAGUAGGGUAGACAAAGAGCUGUAGAAGGUUAGGUUUGGCUGCUGCUUUUGCAAUUUCAGCAGCCGCUAGAGGACAGAUACAAGUAGGGUAGAUACUAUAAAUUCUUCUCCUGUUUUUUUAGGAUAAGUCUUUUGAUAUAAACCUGUAAGUUUGCAUGAAUACCUUUGAGUUAUUUGAUCAUGUUUAAAUAGUGUUUUGGUCCAGAAUUUACCUGCGCCACUUUAUAAGGUUUGUUUGUAUCUAUUAUCAUGGAGUAUUCUCUACCUGUGAGAAAUGACUGUGGUGCAUAAACAUUCUCUGUAAUAGAAUGUGUCUUGCAGUGUACAGCUUAGGGAAGUUAACUGAUGGUUUUGAUCAGAGAGGUAAGUGAUUAUAUAUUUGCUAUUUUUAAUUUCAGUAUUCAUGUCUUGGGGUAAUCAUUCUGCUGGAAAAGAAACCAAUAUUGACCUUUAGAACACUAGUUUCUUGCCCCCCUCCCCACUUUUACAUGCAGUGGUAUUUUUGUUGUGCUUGGGGUUUUUGGUUUUUUUAAGUGUAGAUUUGUGUUUAACAGUGGUACUAAAUCUCUAGCCUUGUCAGUCACUCUGUUUACUGCUUGUCCAAAAAUCCAAACAUACAGUAUUUAAUUUUCUAACAAGACUGUUGUCUCAGAUCAAACUUUUUAAACAAUGACAUUUAACAGAUACUUGAAUUCAUUUUAACAUAACUCAGCCUUCUCUGUGAUUUGAUGUAAGCUGGAAAAAAAAAAGCAUUUUAGCUAUAUUGAGUUGGAAAAGUGAGAAAAUCUUUUUCUUUUACAAAAUUAAAUGUUAAUUUAUUGAACUGGAUGCCUAAGGGGUUAAAUUGGAGCUCUGCAGCUGAACAAUCCAUAAUGGUAUGUGCCAUCAUAAUAUUCCAGUAUUUAAUCAAGUCUAACGAUAAAAUGAUGUUUCUCUCCAUUGAAUACCAUUUCAUACUCUUGGAUUGACUGAUGAAUAUUAUGCACAAUAUCUUAGGCUGUUUUUUAAAGUCCAUUUUAGAAAAUGGUGACAAGAAGGACCACAUCCCACAGCCUAUUUAAGUAUACACUGCAGAUGAAGUGUAUUCUUAGUGUGAAUCAUGUUUAGCAAGACUGAGUUUUAAAAUCCUGAGGCAUCUCCAUGUUCUGCGUGUGGAUUGACUUUCGUAGAGUAAUCCUUUUUCACUACAGUGUAUUGGUAAUAACAUAAGAGCAUUGCAAAAAAUAAAACCUGUAACUUAAUCCCUGGAUCAGUAUAAUACUGUUAGCAUAAAGUCCCUAUUAGUAUCCUUUAUUUACUAUCUUCUUUAAAUCUUACCUGUAUUAGAAUAAAUACAGUAGGUUCACCUAUGCUGCAGUUGAUAUUCAUGAGUAUACAUGCUUCUAAAUAUUCUUCAUGUCAUGAAAUUAAUUCAAAUAUUCCGUGUAAUAGGGACUCUAAAAUUUUAUGCUAGUGGACGUGCUGGCAUUGAACUUGAAUUUGUGUAGAAUAUUAUUAAAAGCUUUCCAGGCAAAAGUAACAAUUUUCUACUGAGAGCAGGCAUUACACUUCUAGCAGCUGCAUCGUUCUUUUCUGAAUAUUUUAAAACUGACUUGAAUGUUGCAUCUAGGAACCCUACUAAGAAUUGCUUUUGAAUCUAAAUAUAAGCAUCUCCCCUCUCCCCCGCCCUGCCUGUCCCCCUCUGCCUGUCCCUCCCUCCCUCUCUCUUUCCCUCU